CUGACAGCAGAGAGCCCGAUGUGGGGCUCAAACUAACCAACUGUGAGUUCAUGACCGAAGCCAAGGAGGGACACUUAACUGACUGAGCCAUUCAGGUGACCCCAGCGAUGAACAUUUUAUUAGAAUUAUGUGCCUGGCAGGGCAAACAUAUGUUUGAUAAACAUUUGCUCUUUCCUUUUUCUUUGAAUGCACUUCCUACUUUUUGAGAUGUAAAUCCCUAUCCCCUCCUCCUUAAUUCAAAAUGGUAUAUAAGUAUCAACUGCCUGACUUUGAGUCUCAUCAUCUUUAAGUUUCUCAUAACUAAGAAGUUUUUUUUUUUGUCAUCUGACCGUGCCUUAUAUCAGUUUAAUUGAUAGGCUGGCCAAAGAAUAGAGAACAGAUGAAGGAAAAUGUUUUAUUCUUGUACACAUUCAUUCUGCUAUUAAAAACGACCUCUGUUCUUCAGAGCUAAAAUAUAAUGGGAAGACAGAGUUUGGGCAAAAGAGGAAUAAUAGCUUUAUUGUUUUGUCAGGCAGAAGAGGCUGAAGUAGGUUAAAGCCUUCAACCUUGCAAGCCCACCCAGAAGAGGCUGGGGUGGGGGGCGUUUAUAGGGAAAUACACGAUCCAUAGAUUUUGACAGGAAUUGUGUUUGUGUUGCCAGCCUUUGUCAUCAUAUUUCCAGUGUGGGCCUUGGUUCCUUAAAGAAAAAAAAAAGGGGUGGGGCGUAAGAAGGGAUAAGGAGGGGUUUCUCCAAGAGAAAAAAAAGUUACUUAGUUUAAUAGCAAGGCUUGCUGUUGGUUUCAUGCCACCAUUUUGAUUUGUUCAACUUGAUGUUUCUAAGGGGCUUCAGUUUCAGGCAGCAGGACAACUGAAGUUAGAACACUUCAUAUUUUACUGUGACAAACCAGUCAAUAUUUUCUAGGAUGGCUACAAUAAAGACAACAGGAUAACACCAAAUUUCAGUGAAAAUAAUGAAAAAUUAGAAAUCUCAUAUAUUGCUGUAAGGAGUUAGAAAAUACAUUCACUUGGGAAAACUGUUUGGCAGCGACUUGCAAAAAUAAGCUUUGCUACUGAAGGGGAGGGUUUUAUCCUUCCAAAAUGUGUCUCUUUGGCCUAAGGAUUACUUUAAAGGAACAGACAAAGGAAAAGCUGUGGACCCAGUAGAGGUUUGCUUUUGAAAGAGCCAUUUGCUUUUAUAAAGGAAAGCUUCAUUUGUGAGGGUGCCUCCCUCUUCUGCAGGGGAAAGAGGAAGAAUGUGUAAAUCUCCAGAAACUCUGGUCAGUGGAGAAGGCAUGGAUUUAAAUCUGGACAACAACCAUAGCCAUGAUACUCUUUUUUGUCUGGUCACCUCCCCAAAACCUUCCCAAUAGGAUCACUUGUGGAAUUUCAAAACAUGAUCAGAUCCGGUGCCCUCCCCCUCAGAUUCUGUCAAUUGGGGUUUGUUGAAACAAUGAUGAUGUUUUAGUUAAGUGCUCCAGGUGAUUCUAAGUGAAGCCAGGAAGAAGCACGAAGAUUUUCCAUUAAUUUAAGAGAGGUGAGUGCAGGCUUUGACUCUAGGAGAGGUACCAGGGUCUGCUCUAUGGGAGUUGCAGAGGAUCAGGUCCAUGUAACAAAGUGUGCCGAUGCUGUAGCAGCAUUUGUGGGCGUCUGUGGGAGGAGAAGUCCUGUGACAACAAGGAAGGAAAAUUCAGAGAUUAUUCUCCAAGUUGGAGCUCAAAGGUUUUGAAUAGCUCCUGAUACAAAGAACUAGGAGGUUGGGCCUUUUCUGCAUUACAAAGUCCUGCCUGCAGGCGAUCAGUUUACAGGUGGAGAGGCUGUGUUCCUGGCUUGGAAGACAUUUUCUCCUGAUACAGCUGUGAGAUCUCCAGCAAAAUCUUCGGAGAAGAAAUCUAGGGGACCAGAUGAAAGAAGAAAUGGCCAGUUCACAGGGACUGCUGACCUUCAGGGAUGUGGCCAUAGAAUUCUCCCAGGACGAAUGGGGAUGCCUGAACCAGAGUCAGCGAGAACUGUACAGGGAUGUGAUGUUAGAGACCUGUGGACACCUCCUCUUCUUGGCUAUAUCUUCACAUGGCACCCAGAACCUCCUGCCAAAACCAUGCAUAGAAACCUCUUCACAAAAUGUGUCACUGGGUACAGGGAAACAUCAUGCCUUUGAGAAUUUACACUUAAUGAUAAACUGGGACAGUAGUAGAAAGAAUGAAGUGCAUCAGAAAUUUCAUGAAGGACAUGGUCCAUUUGAGAGGACUGCCCAUAACAAGAACUUCACGGCCACAAUCAGUGAAGGACAUAAAAUAUCUUGGAAAACCGCCCUUUUUACAUCCACUAUUUGUGCAAAGCAGUGUGCAUCCGUAAGCAGAAGUUCCAAUCAAACAUGCAAACAUACAUAUUUGUGCAACGAAAAUUUGGAACAUUUGGAAAGUUACCUCGUCCACGCUGAAAACAAUGCUUUGAACCAUUGUGAAAGUGGGAUUGGAUUGACCUUUCAGUCAAAUAGUUCUAAAACUCAAAGAUUCAAAAAUGAAGAUGAAAGGCCUAGGACAUCUCAAUUUGGGAGGUGCUUCACUGAGGAGGUGACCCUACAACAUUACCAGUGCAUUUUCAGUGGAGAUACACUGGCUCAAUACAGUGGAUCUGAGACACAGUCUAACCAGGGAUCCCAUGUUAUCAAAUGUCUGAGGACUCCUCUGCAAGAAAACCAUUUUGAAUCUAAUAAAGAUGAGGAAGUCUUUUACCCAAACUCCAAAUGUACCAAUAGUAAGAGUACACAGAGGGGAGAAAUUACUUCUAAAUAUGAUGAAUGCGGGAAAGCACUGAAGCAGUCCUUCAAUAUUGCUGAUCAUGAAAGGAUUCAUGUGGGGGAGAACCCAUACACAGGUAACGAAUCUGGAAACAUGUUUAGUCAAUCAUUAAGUCUAAAUACCUGUAAGACAAGUGGUACUGGAGAGAAAAGGUACAUUUGCAAGGACUGUGGCAAAACCUUUGACAGGCACUCAACACUAUCUCAACAUCAGCAAACACAUACUGCAAAGAAAAUUGACAAAUGUGAAGAAGGUGGUCAAACCAUUAAGGAUGGGUCAUCACUUCACGCACACAGUCAAAUCCACACUGCACAGAAACCUUACAAAUGUCAAGAAUGUGGCAAGGCCUUUAACCAGCAAUCAUCCCUUACUCAGCAUCACAGAAUCCACACUGGAGAGAAACCUCACAAAUGUCAAGAAUGUGGCAAGGUCUUUAGCCAGCAAUCAUCCCUUAGUCAACAUCACAGAACGCAUACUGGAGAGAAACCUCACAAAUGUCAAGAAUGUGGUAAGUCCUUUAAAUGGCACUCAUACCUUAAUCAACAUCACAGAAUUCAUACUGGAGAGAAACCUUACCAAUGUCAAGAAUGUGGCAAGGCCUUUAGCCAGCAAUCAUCCCUUACUCAGCAUCACAGAAUGCAUACUGGAGAGAAACCUUACAAAUGUCAAGAAUGUGGCAAGGCCUUUAGCCGGCAGUCAUCCCUGAGUAAGCAUCAUAGAGUGCAUACUGGAGAGAAACCUUACCAAUGUCAAGAAUGUGGCAAGGUCUUUAGCCAGCAAUCGUGCCUUAGACAGCAUCACAGAAUGCAUACUGGAGAGAAACCUCACAAAUGUCAAGAGUGUGGCAAGGCCUUUAGCCAGCAAUCAUCCCUUAUUCAACAUCAUAGAAUGCAUACUGGACAGAAACCUUACCAAUGUCAAGAAUGUGGAAAAGCCUUUACCCGUUCCUCACUACUCACUCAACAUCACAGAAUUCAUACUGGAGAGAAACCUCACAAAUGUCAAGACUGUGGCAAGGCCUUUAGUGAAUACUCAACCCUGACUCGGCAUCACAGAAUCCAUACUGGGGAGAAACCUUACCAAUGUCAAGAAUGUGGCAAGUCCUUUAUCCAAAACUCACACCUUAGUAAACAUCACAGAACUCAUACUGGAGAAAAAACCUUACAAAUGUCAAAUGUGGCUAGGCCUUUAAGGUGUAUUCACAGUUUACUUGACAUGAGAGAAUUCAUGCCAGAGAGAAACCAUACAAAUGUCAAGAAUGUGGCAAGGCCUUGAGUGAAUACUCAAUCCUUACUCGACAUCACAGAAUUCAUACCGGACAGAAAUCUUACCAAUGUAACAAAUGCAGCAAAACCUUGUUUUCUGUUCUAGCCUUAUUCUGCAUCACAGAAUCCAUACUGGAGGGAAAGCUUACCAAUGUCAAGAAUGUGGCAAGGCCUUUAGGUUGCAGUCACCCUUAUUGACCAUCACAGAAUUCAUACUGGAGAGAAAGCUUACCAUAUAAGGCAUGUGGCAAGGCCUUUACCAAACACUCAAAACUUACUCGACAUGACAAAAUUCAUACUUGAGAGAUCCUUACCAAUGCAACGAAUGUGCAAAAGGUUUUAAUCACCAACCACCCUUUAUUCAAUAUCACACAAAUCAUCUUGGAGCAAACGUUUAAGACUGAGAGAACUUCUUUUUAUUUUAAAAAAUUUUUUUCUUAGAAUGAGUAGGAGGGAGCAGAGAGAGAGACACGCAGUAUCAAAAGUAGGUUCCAGGCUUCAAGCUGUCGGCACAGAUAGCUCGGAGCCUGAGACAGUGUUCAAACCUACAAGUCGCGAUAUCAUGACCUGAGGUGAAGUUGGAUGCUUCACCGACUGAGCUACCCAGGAGCCCCAAGACUGUGAGAGAACUUUUAAGGACUGCUCAAUGCUACUCCACAUCACAGAAUCCACAUUGAAGAUUAAUGAUACACAAGUAAACUAUGUGGCAAGAGUUUAACCAAUGCUGAUCCCUGAUUUCUUGUCAGAGAAUGUGUUAUAGAGAUGAUUUUACACAUAGAAAGAAUCUGGAAAGCCCUUUAAUGGUGCUUAAGCCUCAUUCCACACCACCAACUUCAUACUUGAGAGAAACUUUAUAAUUGUAGAGAACGUGGUGAAACGUUUCACAUGGCUGAAGCCUUACUCACCAUCACAUUGUUCAUACAUAGGAGGAACAUUGCAAAUGUGAUGAAUGUGGCAAACCCCUAGGUGGAAGUCCUAGCUUAUUCAACAUCAUAGUUCCCAUAUCAGAGGAAAUCUCUAAAAUGUAAAGAGAAUGACAAAGCUUUCAUCUGGAAUUCAAUGUUUAUUCAAUAUCUCCAAAUGCAUGUUGAGUUGAAACCAUACAAACCUAAUGCAUGAGGAAAGCCCUUCUUCAUAAAUAUGCCAUUUGGAAAACAGCAGAGAGUACCAAAAGGAAAGUAAGUUGAAAGAAGUAUUUAAAAAUAUAUUUAACUGAACAUAACAUGUCAACACGUGUCACAGGAUUCACAGCAGAAAGCAAUAAGUCAGUGUGUUCAGACAUUACAUCAAAAUACUUAUUAUAAGGAAUAAUACAAAGUUAAACAUUUAGAUAAUGUAUAUGCUAUUACGCUUUAAAUGAUAAAAGGGAUGGAGUUUUGCAUAGGUAUAAUCUCAAUAUUUUUACAUUAACCUUAUUUAAGAUUUGUUACUAGUAAACAUUAAUAUACUUCUUAUUCUCAAAUCACUUCAGAAAAUUCAUUUACUCCUAGUGGGUGUUUGAAUGUAUGUGGCUGAGUGUUGCUACAUCAGUGAUAUGAGUUCCCUUCUUUCUUAGGUGGGACUCAUACAUAUGUAAUUUUCCAUGGAAGGUGAAGGAGAAGAGUUGAAUAAAAUCUAUAUGGAGAUACUUUCUGUGCCUCUAACCUUGUUGUAAUUAUCAUGAAAGAGGUGUUCAGGACACCGUUGUCCAUUUAUUUCAACUAAAAGUGUGUAUUACAAAUAACAUGUUGUACUAAUUAGUCUUUAAGGAAAAAGAGGGUCAGUCCACUGAAAAACGUGAAGCAGCUUCAUGAUAGCAAUAGCUACAAGUACAGAAUAUCGACUGAUAUGAUUGAAAGGAAGAAAUCUUCACAGAUAUCAGAAAGAGUAUAGCAAAACCUUCCUAAAACGGCUAGGAUUUUACAUUCACAUUUUUGAAGAGUCAACUCAGGCCUGGAAUAAGUUCAGUAGGCAAAAUUAAGCUGUACAUAACUUAAAAUAGACUGUCAUGUCUUCUGAAUCCUCAUGGUAACCACUGAGCAAAACUGGUAAUUGAUACCCAAAAGAAAAAGAGGAAAGAAUCAGGGUUUACUAUUCUUGAGACUCAUCAGAUCACAAAGGUAAAGAGAAAAUGGAUAAGGAUGGGAGGAAGAAUUCUAAAGUAGCAAGAAUACCAUGAAAAGAAUGACAACAGAAACUCCUUGCCUGUAUCAAUACUUCCUUUAAAUAUAAAGGGAUUAAAUUCCCCAAUCAAAAGAUAGACAUUGGCUGAAUGGAAAGGAAUCCAAGAUUCAGUGCUAUGCUGCCUUCAUGAGACUCACAUCAGCUCUCAGAACACACUCAGCCUGAAAGGGCAGAUAUUCAAAACGAUAUUGCAUACAAUCAGAAACCAAAAGAAAUGGGGUAGCUAUGCUUCAGACAAAAUAGUCUUGAGUGCAAGGACUAUAAUAAGACAUGGCAAAGGUCAGUAUUAAACAAAGGGGUCAGUUUGUGCAGGGUUUUUAGUUAAUGUUUGGCAUUUAGUUUUGUUUGGCAGAAGGCAAUAAAGUUUGCUCCCGUUUUGGUUUUGGAGGACAAUAAUAGUAUGGUUUUUUAACUCAUGUACUGACCACAUUGAAAAGAAACACCUUUUCCCAUAAGUGUUGGUGGUGUUUGUGCAGAUGCCUGAAUUGUAGUUUGUGUAAUGUUUCUGAACAUCUGUAUCUUAUGACUCCUCGAAAUGGCUACUUGAUUUUCAAAAACCGAUUGCUCUGUUUAGAGGGUUGCGGGGGAAAAAAAAAGAAGGCUAAAUGACAAGUUGGAAAGGCUAAUACUUCAAGAUUUUGAUGUGUGUGGGAAAAUACUGUUGCAAUGAAAUCUUGGUAAUUUACUGCAAAAGCAGCCAAUAGUUGAUCGAAACCAACUUGUACAGGCUAAUACAUCUUUCCCAGAGUAUUCACUUUUUGAACAUUGUACUAUUAUACCUUGCAAUUAUUUUCACUCACAUAUUAUUUAAUUUUCAUUGUUAUCUGCUCUUUUAAGCCAUCAAGCAAGUUAUCUUUUGUUUCAGGCAGGGUACCAUAAUACCUCACAGUAAGAUUUCUGAUAUUUCUGGGCAGUUGUUUGUGUACAUUUGCAAUGAUGGGUUUUUUAUGGAUCACUGUGUCAAUAUAGUGGAUUUAUUUAAGUUGAGUUCUUUCUGAAAUGUGCAUCUUCCCAUAAGGUAACUCUGCAUUUAAUUUACUUUGUUCACACUUGGGUCACACUUUUUAGACUACCCUAUAUGUGACUAAAGUUUUUAUACAUUCUAUGUCUAUUUACUACAUAGAAGACAUUCACUCCUUUAAUGUAGGAGAAAGAUAGCUAUCCCAUGUACUUAGGAUUUGUUUGUGUUGCAUUACAGCUGUAGGUUUGUAUAUGUGUGUAGCAUUUGUAUUGACAAAACAUUUAGUUGUGUGUUGCUUUUUGUUCCAUGAGUUACAUAAUACUCUUAUUGUGCAUUGAAUUGUUGUGUUGAUUUGGCCACAUUUGGGUACAUACGCAUCACUUUUUAAAAUCAUUUUCUUUUAUAGAGAUAUAGUAAACGUUUAUAGUUUUUUGAAAUAAAUAUAAGCUGCUUUUGCUAAGAACAAAACUGAAAAAAUAAAGGAGUCAAUUCCACCAAAG